AUGAGCGACGUAACGAAACCUACCGCGCCCAAGUUCGCGAGCUUUCGUCCGAAACCCGCUGCCCCUAUACCAAAGAGCUCCCAGGCCAAUACAAAGGAGCAGCCAGACAAGGUCAACGAACAGAGACACAGUGAUGGACAUUCCAGAAGCCAUGGGGACCGCAGGAGACGUCCGUCUCACUUGAAAGAGAGAAAAUCAAAACAUGGCGACCGCAAUGGCCAUGAGUUGGAUCAGACAAGACAUACCCACGGCAUCAGAAGAGACCAGGCGCCAUCUUCGGUGGCUGCAAAGCCGUUGGAGGAUGAAACGGAGUAUUUCAUAGUCGACCGCAAAGGGGAUCCGGCAAAUGUUACUUUUGGCAGAGUUCAUCGCUACAGUGUUCCGCCUUUCCGUCGAUAUGGCUAUGGUCGUGUAUUUGGCCUGCCAAAGAACCAACGGAUUGAUCUUGGGGCUACCACCGAGCAAGAAAUUAGCAUAAGAAAUGAUGACAAUCGAGCUCGACCUGAAAGACCAUGGGCAAUGAAAUACAAGCCAAGUAACGAGCCACGAAUCCUACGACUGAUACGGCCAGGUGCAGAAGAUGGGCAUCUAGACAGCCGCCUGGAUUAUAUUCCCAUGCAGUCUAACAAGAAAAGGAAGCGUGACUCGGAAUCACCAGGCUCGCCACAUGGAAACGCCGUAGACUAUCGCUCCAUUGAAGGCCAGGCAAAAGCAAGCGUCCAUCCGGCAGACUCUGAUCUGGAGUAUGAAUCGGAUCAGUCGGGCCAGGAUCAUGCAACAGGGUCCGCAAAAGCUGAAAACGAGAUCCGACAGAAAAAUGCAGCUUUAUCCAAUCGUACGAAAGAGGCGCCUCGCGAUUUACAGGCUUGGUUGGAACUCAUUGACCAUCAACAAGAUAUGGUGCUACUGGGCCGUACAUAUCCCUCUCGAGACCCUAGUACUUCAGAACGUAGAAACAUUGCCGACAUUCGAAUCUCAAUAUAUACGCAAGCACUCCGAGAAAUUCGCGUGAAGCAAGACCGCGUGCAACUCGUCAGCGGGCUUAUGAACGAGGGUAAACACUACUGGGAAUCGAAGCAGCUUGCUAAGCGAUGGCAGGAGACACUCAACGAUUAUCCAGAUAGUGUGGAACUGUGGACCAAUUAUCUUAACUUUGCCCAAACCAGUUUCGUGGACUUCAAAUACGAAACUUGUCGCGGGGUAUUUCGAACUUGUUCGGAAAUGCUUGCAAAGGCUCGAGAUGCAACGCCGGCGGGGGGUCCAUCGUGGACCACCGUGGUAGAAAUUCAAACCUACGUCUUGCUGCGACUCGCAAGCCUGGCGAAGGAAGCUGGGUACCAUGAGCACGCUGUGGCUCUUUGGCAAGCGCUCCUCGAGUACCACAUGUUUAGACCAAGCGACGACCAAGGAACAGUGGAUCCAAGCGGACUUCUUAGUAAUUUCGAGGAGUUUUGGGAAAGUGAAGUGUCACGCAUCGGGGAGGUAGAUGCCAAGGGCUGGAAUAAGUUCGAUGCCCUUCAGACACCAGUACCAGAGUCUGUGACGCUGAACUUUCUCCCUAUUGUCCCCUCUUUGAAGGUUUUCUACGAGUUCUCAGUCUUGGAAGAAGAGCACAUGAACGCACUUAGACUCCCGGGUCGUACUGCUGAUGACUCUGGAGAUGACGACCCUUUCCAUCUUAUACUAUUCUCAGAUAUCCAAGAGUUCUUGUCGCUUCUCCCGCAGAAAUUUCCACACGAUGCACUGAUUGAAGCAUUCCUAUGCUUUUGGCAUUUGCCACCGUUGUCCUUCGAGAACACAUGCAACCGCCAGUAUUGGUGGCAAGAUUCUUUCCUUCGAAAUGAAGUUAUCGGAACUAGUUCACACGACAAAUUAUCUCUUCUUGUCGAAGACGAACCCCAAUCGACUGGCAGCUUCCCGGAAUCCUUGCGAGCUUUCACAAAUUUCCCGAUGAACUUCCUGCAGAUAACGACAGACUCUUUAUUCAACGACGCAUUCAAGCGAAAGUAUCAUCUGGCAGACUUGGAGUUCAUUCGCCGCGCUCUCAAACAAUUAGCCUCAAUCUCCACGAAUGAUCGAGUUGCAGAAUACCAUCUAGCUUUCGAGCUGCAUCAUUUCCCAGACACUGCUCGAAAAAGCGCUAAGCAAUUGCUAAAGAAGCGACCUACCAGUCUUCGCUUAUGGAACGCAUAUGCACUAAUCGAAGCAAGGACUGGAGCUGCCGAGACUUCAGACUUUGUCUUUUGUACAGCACUUGAGAAGGUUAAGAGUUUGCCUGAGGUUGCGCAACGUGAUCACAUCCUUCUAUGGCAUACAUGGAUAUGGGAGGCUCUUGAUCAUGGGUAUGCGGCAACGGCAGUUCAUCGAGUCACGUGGAUAGGGAAGGAUAAGCCUACAGCGCAACCGGGUGCUGAUUUUGACGUUUCGGACCUCUCUGCGGCUGAUACGCUAAGAACUAAGAAUAUUCUCCGAGACGGCCGUGACCACUCCCUUUCCACCGGCCGAUAUGCCGACUUCAUACUCUACAUAUCCUGUGACGCCAUCCUAUCUUACCUCCUAAACAACUCCGACAUCGGUGCUGCUUUGGCAAUCCACCACGAAGCCUCAGACGCCUUCGACAAACGAAACCUUUCCACAUCACCUGCCGCAGAACUCAAUCACCAGGCCCAAGCUCGUCUCCUCGCAUACCACGCUUCCCAGUCUCACUCUUUCAAGCCUUCUCUCGUCCGCGCCGAACUUGCCCAAAGCGUGGCUUUAUUUCCAAACAACACGUUAUUGCUAAGCAUCUAUGCAGCGAACGAAGCCCGCUUCCGCAUUGACGGCCGCGUCCGCGCCAUCAUGAGCGACGUUGUGCUUAGAAACGGGGGCGGCCGAGGUCAAGCGCCGAGCGUCGUGGGCUGGGCAUUCGCGAUCUUCUCUGAGAUGAACCGAGGCGAGGCUUUAGGAUCUACUGCGCACUCGGUGCGCGCAACCUUCGAGAAGGCGGUUGAGAGCGAUUGCGGGAGGAAUAGUCAGGCUCUCUGGACCUCGUAUGUCCUGUUCGAGGUCGCGCAGCACAAGCCUAGCCAGGAGUUAUCCGUGCAGAGCAAGAAGGCGAAGGUGAAGAGGUCGGAGCCGGAUCAUCGGGCGAAAAAAGUCUUCUUCCGCGGGCUAACGCGGCUGCCGUGGUGCAAGCCGUAUAUGAUGCUGGCGUUUAGCCAUUUGAGGGAAAUGUUGACGUUCAAGGAAUUGAGAGGGGUCUACAAUGUUCUCGGCGAGAAGGAGCUGAGGGUGCAUGUGGAUCUGGAAGACGCGUUUGAAGCGAUUGAAGAGACGAGGGUUGGGGCUACGGGGUCUGUCUCUAGCUUGAUUUUGACAGAAACCUCAGAGACCGAUGCGGACUGA